AUAAAUAGCCUAUGAUUCAAGAAACUCAAGUCUCAUACAACAUUAAGCUUAAUUACAGUACACACACCAACAAAAAACUAUUUUCUUCACCCAAAGGAGAGGUUUAAUCCAUGGGCUUUCAGUUUUAAUUAUCUUUCAAUCUACUAGAAAGAAACAAAAGAAGAUUUUGUUUCUUCACCAUCAAGAAACAAGCCCUAAAUUGAUAACACUUCCUUCACGAAACCAUGGACAAAGUUGUGAGGAUGUCUUCGGAGAAAGGAGUGGUUAUAUUCAGCAAGAGCUCGUGUUGCAUGUCCUAUGCAGUCCAAGUCCUCUUCCAAGACCUCGGGGUUCACCCAACCGUCCAUGAGAUCGAUAAGGACCCUGAUUGUCGUGAGAUUGAGAAAGCCAUAAUGAGGCUCGGGUGUUCCACACCGGUCCCAGCCAUCUUUGUGGGUGGAAAGCUCGUGGGUUCGACCAAUGAAGUCAUGUCGAUGCACCUAAGUGGCUCGCUGGUUCCACUGGUUAAGCCAUUUCAGGCUAACCUAUGUUAAAACAAGGUUUCUAACUUUCUAAACUAUCAAAAUGUAUUUCAAUAAGAAAACACACAAUCGCAUAUAUAGCCUAUGCAACCUCUGUAAUGUAGCUUUUAUAAAUAUUGUUUCUGUAAUUUUAUAAAAGUCAUCCUGUAAUAACUAA